AUGAUAAUAGACAACAAUCUACUUAUGGCACAAAUGGCUCAACGAUGGGAUGAUGUACGAUCGCAUUUCGAUCAUUCGAGUCAUACCAAUCUUUACCUCGUCGACAAAGAGAAACCAUCUGGAGUUGUACGGAUUACAUUUACUGUAAGGGAAUUUACUUUUGAUUUUGGGGGACCAUCUAGUCUGGAAUUUUUUCAGAUGGAAGAUCUCGAUAUGGAUAUGAAGAGU